UCAAAAUUUCGUUGAUUGUUCAAGUUCGUUAAAUUUUGUUUGUUCUAAAGUUGGAAAUGGUCGAAAAAAAUUAUAUUUUAAAAGUUUUAUCAUGUUAAGCCCAAGACCUUCAUGCGAAGUAGAGGCAAAACGCGAUAUACCAUCCUUCAUAGAGGCACGUCCACCUCUAAUAUUAAAUCCUUUUAUGCGGCCCAAGCUUACUAAAGGCAAGAAACUCUUUACCGACGAAAUGGACAUGGAGUAUUCAGAAUUCGAGGAACACGAAGAGCCGGAGUUAGUGCAAAUAUAUGUGAGAUUGAAGCCGUGUAAAGCUCCUAGCAUAGAAGUCCACUCGGAGCGCUCUUUGAUUACAUCGUUGAACACGACAACCGCUGGCCACGGAAGACGAACGCAACAUAAUGUACCUAAAAUGUAUACGUUUUCACAUAUAUUCGGACCAGAUUCCCAACAAAAGGAGAUAUUUGAACGCGUAGUUAAGGACAACCUGAAAAAGUUACCAGAUGGCAACAGUUUUACACUCUUGACAUAUGGUGCUUCGGGCUCAGGGAAGACGUUUACCCUGAUGGGCACUGUGAAAAGCCCUGGCUUAGUACCGAGAUCCCUGGAGUAUGUCUUCAAACUGGUUGAGGCUCAACAACAUCCUCUAUAUAAACCUGACGAGAAAGGUGCCUACAAAUUGACCAAUGCUGAACAAGAUUAUGAACUAAAGGUAGUAAGACAACUGAGGAAGCUAUCAGGCAAUUUGCCAGAAUAUCGUGACAGAUACCGGCGUAUGAGUGCAGGCCUUGAUGGGGACCUUACGAACAGUAACAUAGACCUGGCUAGUAGAAGGAGUCAUUAUGUAUGGGUGUCAUUCAUAGAAAUUUACAAUGAAGCCGUCUAUGAUUUGCUCAUGGGUGACAGAAGAAACGCCGCGAAGCUUGCCAUUCGAGAAGACGCCAGUGGCAAUGUUUAUGUUAAGGGCGCGAUGCAAGCCUUCGUGCGGUCGUGCGACGAGGCGUACGACGUGCUGGUGGCGGGCAAGCUCAACCUGCAGGUGGCGGCCACCGGCAUCCACGCGCAGUCCUCGCGCUCGCACUGCAUAUUUACCAUCACCAUGCUGACUGACACUGAGAACGGAAUGCGCAGCGCGUGCGUACGGCUUUGUGACUUGGCGGGAUGCGAGCGCGCGGCGCGCACGCGCAACACGGGCGCGCGCAUGCAGGAGUCGCGCGCCAUCAACGCUUCGCUGCACGUGCUCGAGCGCUGUCUGCACACCCUGCGCCGCAAGCGUACCACCGCCGUGCUUGUGCCCUACCGGGAGUCGAAGCUGACCCGUAUCCUGGGCGCGGGUCUGUCGGGUACUCGCGGAGAGGCCGUCAGCAUGGUGGUGACACUGAACCCUUCCGCGGAGUACGCCAAUGAAAAUAAACACGUGCUGCAACUGGCGGCCAUCGCUAAGGACAUACCCAUCAGCGACACACUGGUGGAGUACCCCAGCUCUACAGAGAGUAGCAGCAGAGACACCACUAUAAUAGGAUACACCAGCUUUGAGGUCAUGCAGCUCCGAGCCGAGAAUGAAAGGCUGCUGUUCGAGUUGAAACAGGCGCAGGCUCGUAACAAGGAGCUCCGGGCGUGCAUGGACGAGAAGCAGGCGGCGCACGACAAGAUGCUGUGGGAAGUCCUGGACGAGACCAAAGCCAUGUACAGGGACCACUACGAGGCUCAAAUUAAGGCGCUGCAGGACAAGAUGGACGCUAUGGAAGAAGAAUAUGAGUGCAGGUUGCGAGAGCUCAGCCUGGACAAUCCUUCCCAGAGAUACCGAGACCGGAUUGCUGAACUAAAGAAAACCAUCGCAAUUCUAGAGAAAAAAAUAUUUGAUCAAGAAGAAGAAUUAAAGUCCUCAAAAACAUGCAUGAAUAAUAACGACGCUGAUAAAGCUGAAGAAGAAUUUACAGAAUCUAAUAAUGAAGACGAAGAUAUCAUAUCUCUAAACGAUAGUGACAACGACUGCUUAAUACCAACUCUUAACCAAAAAGAAAUAAAACAUGUGCAAAAGAUACGCGAAAGUAUAACCGAGGUUUUAAAGAUUUGUAAACGCGCCUCUGGUAUUAAGGAGUCCUAUUCAGAAGAAAGUGAUGUAGAAGACCCCAAAGUGAGCGAUCACGAUCAUGACGCAUAUUUGACCAGUGAAAGUUUAAAUACGAGUGACACAAGCGAUAUUGAUAAUGCAGGCUUUUCAACAGUUAAAAAAGCAAGUUCGCGUUUUAAUGAUGUCGUAGAUGGUGUAAAUAAUGAUGUUGCGACAGUAACUAAUCAGGAAAUAAAAACCCCAGAAAGAAACCGACAACAUAGUCGCGAAACUUACUAUGCCCCAAAAUCUGUUGAUGAUAUUGCAUCUGCGACUAAUCAGGAAAAAGAAAUCCCGGAAAGAAACCGACAACAUAGUCGCGAAACUUACUGUGUUCCAAAAUCUGUUGACGAUAUUGCAACUGUGACUAAUCAAGAAAAAGAAAUCCCGGAAAGAAACCGACAUCAUGGUCGCGAAACUUACUGUGUUCCAAAAUCUGUUGAUGAUAUUGCAUCUGCGACUAAUCAGGAAAAAGAAAUCCCGGAAAGAAACCGACAACAUAGUCGCGAAACUUACUGUGUUCCAAAAUCUGUUGACGAUAUUGCAACUGUGACUAAUCAAGAAAAAGAAAUCCCGGAAAGAAACCGACAUCAUGGUCGCGAAACUUACUGUGUUCCAAAAUCUGUUGAUGAUAUUGCAUCUGCGACUAAUCAGGAAAAAGAAAUCCCGGAAAGAAACCGACAACAUAGUCGCGAAACUUACUGUGUUCCAAAAUCUGUUGAUGAUAUUGCAACUGUGACUAAUCAGGAAAAAGAAAUCCCGGAAAGAAACCGACAGCAUAGUCGCGAAACUUACUGUGUUCCUACACCUGUUAAUGAUAUUGCGACUAUGUCUAAUCAGGAAAAAGAAAUCCCUGAAAGAAACCGACAACUUAGUCGCGAAACUUACUGUGUUCCAAAGUCGGUUGAUGAUGUUGUGAAAGAAACUAAUCAGGAAAACGAAAGUCUAGAAAGAAAGCGACAACUUAGUCGCGAAACUUACUGUGUUCUUACGCCUGUUAAUGAUGUUGUGACUAUGUCUAAUCAAGAAAAAGAAAUCCCGGAAAGAAACCAACAGCAUAGUCGCGAAACUUACUGUGUUCCAAUGUCUGAAGUUCUCAAUACUUCCAAAGAUAAGCUUCAUAAUGAAAUUCCAAAGUCACUAAAAUAUGAUAUCGUUAAAGACAUAGAUGUUUCUAAACCCAAUGAAAGAUUAAAAAAAUCACUUAACAAUAUGGUCGAUAUAGUCAAAACAGUCGAACCAAAAAAACUGUCUCAUGUUACAUCCAAGAUUCUAGGGUUAGUAAAGCAAUUAGGGGAAGGCGAUAGCUCUUUACUACAAUUUGAACGCUUAGAAAUGGAGUCGAGUGAAAUUAUUGAUGAUGAUAAAAAAAUAGUUAUAGAAGAAUUUUACAAUAUUAAACCUACUAAAGAAAACAGAAUAUUCUUUGGCGAUGAUUGUCUUGAUAAAAAUCCAGAAACUCCUGCAACUGUUGUUAAAGCGAAAGAUAAAAAGGUCUUUGAAAAUCCGAAUGUAGAAAAAAGCAAUCUUGAUAAAAAUUCAAAAACAACUAUUGUUCCACCUGUAGAAAAAACCUAUUUUUUUGGAGAAAGUAUCACAAAACAAACUGACUGUGUAAAAAAAAAUAUUUCUUCAAGAGCUCAGAACUCUAUAUAUAUCUUUGAAGAAUUCGAUUCUCCUCAGGUUAAUAAACUUGAAAAUACCGAAUCGAGAGCCACUUUGGGUUUAACCGCAACUUUAGAUCAAAUUGGACUAAAUAUUGAUUCUGUCAAUGUGAUUGAAUCAAAUGAUAUUAAGAAUACAAAUAAAGCGGUAACGUCUCAAAACGAAGCUAAAGCUGCCAACAUAAUAAACAGUGAUCUUAAAAUGAUGUCCAUAGAUAAUGCAAUAGAAAAAGAAACACUGAAAAUAGAAAUCAUAACUGCUAAUGAGAAUAAAUUGGACGAUCACCCACUUGAAAUAUUGAACAGUGAUGAAUCACAGUCCCAAGCAAAUUGUACCAAAACCAAUAAUACAACAGUAGAAUUCGAAAACAUAUAUAAAGACAUAUCAGCAUCACGAGCCACUGAAUUCGAUCUACUAAUUUCCCAAGAAAGUAUUGAAGAAAACCAGAAUAAAACGGAGAGUGUAGAAUCCUUAGAUUUAAAAUAUAACUUACGACACAAACCAUAUGCAGAAAAGGCUAAAACGGAAAGGAAACGAGGUAAAAAGAAAGUUGGGGCAGAAGAAAUUCUCUUAGAAAGUGUAUCUAAGUGUGAGAGUUCACCGAAACCAACAAGAAGGAAUCUAAGAUUGCGGAGGCAAAAGACUACAGAGGAGGCAACCGACUUAGAAGAUAUAGGGAGGAAAGGCAAAUUAGAAGAUAUAGGGAAUCUGCAAGUUCAAUUCUCUGACGUGAUUAUGGGUUUGCCUGCGCCGCUUACAACCUCAAAAGAUAUACCGUCACCAGAAAAGCUCGAGAACGAAGAAAACUCUCCCCCCAAACAAGGCAUACAGAGUUGUCCGGCGAAGAGUAUAACCCGUAGCAGAAGAAAACUAUUCACUCCGCGGGCCGAGCCGCUCGACGAGAGCUUAGGAGUUGCAGCGGACAGUGACGACAAAGUGCGCGUGCCCAGGCCCUCCUACCACCGCCCCAGGGCACGGCGCAAGCUUUGAGCUGGAUACGCAGAAAUACGUUUGCGCAGGAAAGCGCAAUCUAACGCCGACUAUAGUUGAGCCAUUACAAACAUGCUUGCUGAGUCAUAAAUCAUUUUUAUCGGACCUCUCGCUCGCACUUACAUCCCUUAUGGAACUGGAACCUGAUGCUCUGGUGUUGUGUGUAAUA